AUGAGGUACCGACUGCGUUUAGACGCCUUCGCUCCUGCUGGAAGCUUACCUUGCUGCCGAAUACUAACACAAGUGCGGAAUCUCAACAUGAAUCGCAGCGUGCAAACUCGUUGGGAGUCGGAUAAUCAGGUAGCCUCGCAGAAGCGUACGGACUACGACUUCGACAAGGAACAGUGGUCCAAGCAGAUGCGUUUCGCCUCCAUGGAUUGCGUAAUGGACCCAGACAUUACACCUAUUAAGUACACAUCAGUGACGGGACUGAAAAAGGUACUCAGGCGCUUCAUGACAAUGCGAAAGCUUAUCGACCGCCGUCCCGACUUCAAGACGGACGACCUGAAGAAGUUGUUCAUUCAACUUAAAACCAUUUCUCACUCCAGGAGCUUGGAAGAUCUGAAGGUGCUGCAACGUCUAACAACACACGGAGAAGCUAGUCGGAUCUCUAAAGAGAUAAAAACUAGGAUGAACGACGAGUUUGCCAAAAAGAGUUGGAAGUCUCUGAAGAUGCAAGAGGUCAGCAACACCUAUCAGAUUGAAUUGGAUUCGUUUCAGCUCGUGAAUUGCUACAUGGGACAAAUGUCCAAAGAGGACUGGUUGCAGAUAACGUACAAAUGCGAGUUUCGCGAGAGAAAGGGUGAUAAUGAAGAAUGGCAGAGUGUGUGCGAAUACCCGGUUUUCGAGGUGCGACUGGGUGACGGGGUGCAGUCGCCGAACACACACCAUUUUAUCAUUGUAGGUAUUAUGAGAAAGGACGGCACCCGCUAUGGAAAGGAUGCACAGGAUGCUGCCAGUUUGCGCAAACAGUUUGACCGAUCCAGGAAAUGGUUCUGA